AUGGCUUCAAGAAAGAAGGUUUUACUGAAGGUUAUUAUCCUAGGCGAUAGCGGUGUGGGAAAGACGAGUUUGAUGAAUCAAUAUGUCAAUAAGAAGUUCAGUGCAAGCUACAAAGCGACUAUUGGGGCGGAUUUCUUGACGAAGGAGGUUCUGGUUGAUGAUCGAUUAGUUACUAUGCAGCUUUGGGAUACAGCAGGUCAAGAACGGUUUCAAUCGUUAGGGGUCGCAUUUUACAGAGGAGCGGAUUGCUGUGUCCUUGUCUACGAUGUCAACAAUUCAAAAAGUUUCGACACAUUGGAUAGCUGGAGGGAUGAAUUCUUGAUUCAGGCCUCGCCCAGAGAUCCAGAAAGCUUUCCAUUUGUCGUUCUAGGCAACAAGAUUGAUGUUGAGGAGAACAAGAGAGUUAUCUCUUCAAAACGGGCCAUGACUUUCUGCACUUCAAAAGGCAAUAUUCCAUACUUCGAGACAAGUGCAAAGGAGGCCAUCAAUGUUGAGCAAGCCUUCGAAGUCAUCGCUAGAAAUGCGCUAGCACAGGAGGAAUCGGAAGAAUAUAAUGGAGAUUACUCGGAUCCAAUCAACAUCCAUAUCGAGAAUGAUAGAGACGGCUGUGCUUGUUAA